AUGCAUGCACCAGUCACUGCCCCCUUCUUUAUCAUUUGCUAUUCAAUUCUCGCGGCUGUUGGCGCUACUGCCAACUUGUUGGCGAUCAUCGUCCUGUCUCGAGGACGGUGCGGUCUUUCCCGAUGCAUCACCUACUACCUGGUGGCAAUCGCGGUCACUGAUUUCCUUGUCAUCACCAUUGCAGUCAUCCUUAACCGAAUCAGCCGCAUCUACUUCCGGGCAACUAUCUUGUCUACCACUCCUGCAUGCACUCUGAGCAUUGUGCUCAUCUUUGCCACCUGGGAUUGCUCGGUGUGGCUAACAGUCGUCUUUACCUUUGACCGUUUUGUGGCCAUCUGUUGCCCGAAGUUGAAGAACAGGUACUGUACAGCGAAGACUGCUUCUUUGAUCAUCGGAAUAGUCUGUGCAUUUUGCUGCAUCAAAAAUAUUCCAAACUACUUUGUCUAUGAACCCAUCUACAUUUUAGAUGGGAUAUCCUGGUUUUGCAACAUCAAAGCCAACUAUUACAUCUCACCAGCGUGGCAGGCUUAUGAUUGGUUCUUCCAGAUCUAUACACCUUUUCUCCCAUUCUUCGCCAUUCUGCUACUCAAUGCCCUGACCAUAAGACAGAUCGUGGCGGCCAACAGAGCCCGAAGGAGGCUCCAGGGAGCCGAGAGGCAGCAAGACUUGGAGAUGAACAACCGCAAGAGGUCCAUUAUUCUGCUGUUCAGCAUCUCUAUCAGCUUUCUCCUCCUGUGGGCCCCUCUGGUUGGUCAUUUCAUCUAUAUGCAGCUAACAGACGAGAGCUACUUCGGUGGCCUUGAUUUCAGUGACCCUCAGUAUAUUUUCCAAGAGACAGCCAAUACACUUCAGUUACUAAGUUCCUGCAACAACGUCUUUAUAUAUAUAAUAUCUCAAAAUAUGUAUCGAGAGGAGUUGAAGAAUAUUCUGAUCUACUCAUUUGUCACACUCAGCAAUUGCUUUAAAUGGUGA